AUGGCCGACCACCGUGCUGCCUCCUCGCUGAGUGCAUAUGGCAGACGGGAUGGACCAGUAACCCCCGAGCCUCCUACGAGGUUCAGCUACGAUGUCGCAGAAAGGGGAGACCACAGUAUUAACGGCCUCCUUCAUGUUCCUCCUGAACGGCCACUCGCCUUUUCCGAUGACGAGUCUCUCCCACGCCUCAAUCAUACAUCUCGCGGUGCUGCAGCUACUACCAGCGGCCUUCAGGCUGGCCGACCGAAACGAGCCCGGUCAAAGCGACCCCAUAAGACACAAACGAGCGGUGCCUUCUUACUCCAGGAGCCUAUAGUUGCGGAUGACGAUUCUGGUAACCAACGGCGCGGACACCGAAGUAAAUCAAGACAUAAAGGGAAGGAUGCUCAGGAGUCAAACUCAUCCAAUGGACAACGGGAAUUUGGCCUGGGUAUUAGCUCUGCCAAUGGUCCUCGAGCCCGUGUCGUGUCGCCAGAUACAUCUCAGGAGGACCUUCAUGUAUCGAAAAGGAGUGACGGCCAGAAGCGCGGCCGACGGGCACAAACGUCGUAUCCAGGCACCGCGCUUGACGUGGACUCAACCCAAAUUGUCAACAUGGCAUUGAACUUGAGCGAAUCACGGCGUAUUGCGUCGCGGCGCAACAUCAGCCGUGGCAACCCUCCUCGCUUGGGUCCUAUGCAGGACUCUCAGGCUGGCAGUAACCUCAGGGCCCAUCUUCAACAACAAAGAAAGGCUGCCAGGGGAGCUUCACCAAUUCCGAACCAGUCCCUUACACCGCGAUUACCGGGCGUGAGGUCAAGCAGCCCUUUACGCCCUCAACCUUUUGAACAUGCUCCCGAUGCAUCUUACCGUUAUCACUUUUCAACUUCAACCUUGGCGAGAGCGCAGAAGGCCAGGGAGCAUUUGGAACUAAUGGCACAGUACAGACGCUUACUGCAAGUCCUUCCUCCACUCAAGACCGGCUACGAUAGAACCUCAGCUUCAAGCCCCCCUGGCUCGCCCACAGAGGAGAAGAUGCGUAGUUUUGGAAACAGAGAGCUCAUGAUCCCCCUUGGUCGAGAAUAUAACCUCUUGCAAUAUAUCCGUAACCGGAAAGUCAGAGCUCGGGAAAGAAUGGUCAUCGAUGGCGAGAAACAAGGAUUCUCUGACGUUGAAUCUGUCAAAGACUGGGUCGAAGAAGCAUCACACAGAGCCAGAGAGCUUCCCUCUAGCGACGGCUCAGUACUACCACCGUUCCCCACAGCUGAAGAGAUUGACUCGCAGAUGACUACGGAUGCAGCUGCAAAGGCUGCCCUUCGAGUCCGACGUCCGAGAGUUGACUGGUUCUUCGAGGCGUGCGAUUUAAUUGCAGAUGCUUAUUGGUUGGAACAAGACCACCACAAGCAACUCAUUGAGGAUAGACAUCUGAACAAGAUAUACCCUCAGACGGAGGAAGCUAUGAGUAGGCCGAUGUCAAUACAGUCAGAGGACCCUACAACUGGUGUUUCACCCUUGAUAACCAAAACUGUGGAGGAGACAAACGGGAACGCAGACGUUCAUGAUCACAAACUCACAAAAACCGACACAGAUACAUCGGAGCCAGGUCACAGAGACCGGGCGAAACAAAAACUUCAGGAGAUGGGAUCCUUCCACCGACACAGCGGUUCCAUACAUCAUCGCCGUUUCAGAAGAAGGGGUUCGUCUUCGGAUGAUUCUGCUAGCGAGGAUGAGACGCCGAGUGAAGGAAGGGCUCGGCGAGGAACAAUUUCCAGCCGUGAGACCGAAUUGCUAGAGAAGCAGAUGCUGGAAAUGGUUGCUCGAGAUAUGAGACAGCAGCAGAGGCUAUCAUACGUCCCAGAAACCGAGGCCGAGUAUAACGAAGUUGAGAGCUUGACUUCCCCCGAACGCAACUCACAAACAAAACUUUCUACUGGUAGGGAGCUGAACACGACAGACCAUAAAGACCCAGAAUCUCGACCUGCACAGAGUAGAGUGUCCUUGGAGGUCCCGUCGUUGCCAAAGCUUGGAAGACAUAACGGAGGAGGCUCACACCAUGGAAGGAAUCACAAAGAAGGUAUUGACUCUCCUCAACCUAUGUCGCCUGAACUCGCCCCACGUUACAGUCUGUCAGCGCCACCGACUGGCUUGAAUCUUUCGGCUCCUUCUUCUCGGUCUUCUUCUCCUUCCAGAAAUCCGUUCACAAAGGUCAAGCAAAUCUUUAAGGAUAAGAUUCGCGACGAACCUGAAGAGCAAGUCGUAGAAGUAGAGGAGGAAAUCAAAAGACCUCCAUCGCCAGAGCCUCUCCCUGUAAUGGAAGCAAAGCCGCUCGAACGGCACCCUUCUAAUUCUCGACCAAUCUUUGAGGGCCACAAGCAUCAACGUAGCUCGAGCAGUGUCAAGCCAAGAGGCGAUGAAGUUGGCCUGCGAGGCAUGUUCAAGGGCCCUCGUAUUGAUACAGUGUUUCGAGGGGGCGUUUCGAAAAUUGGCGACAUACUAUGGAAGAAGGACACGCCUAUGGAAGCCCCGAGCGACAUACUAUCAUCCGACGAAUCUGACAAUGACCAGCCCAAAGGCCGAUCGAGAAUUUCUCUUAAUUUGUCCCGAACAAACUCGAAGCGCAAUAAGCCGGAACCACAGCAUAGUGCCAAGCAUUUCUUGGACACAAUGCCACAAUUUCAACCCAUGGCGGAUAUACGUGGCCAGUCGACGACUGAUGUCAAGAAGAACCAGUCUUCGCUGUCUCGUGUCAAUAUGACCAAACCUCCCCCGCUUGAUUUCUCCAACGCUUCUAGCCCUGCCAAAGCCCAGGAGGCUGAGAGGGUAUCUGCUGUUGAACCUGCGAUGUCAGAAGCAGAGUCAUGCCAGGAGAGCGCCAAAGAUGGCGCUCGAGGUACAGAAAAGGAGUCAGAUGAGGUGAUGCCAAUGAUUCGCUUUGAUGAGCCUGAUAACUUCAGAGCCCGGAAGUGGUCUAUCGCGAAUCAGCCUAUGCCUCAGGAAAGUCGACUUUCAAAGCGUGAAAUCGCCCGGUUGCGCACGCUUAUUCUUACUUCUGGUAUCAAAGCCAUGGAAAUAUCUCGUCGUUCACAUGGGUUGAAUAACCCCUUUGCCAAUGAUAGUCUCCAAGGGUUGGGCAAUUCAUCGCAAUCAACCAUGGUAGGUGUACCAUGGGCUGACAUUGCAAAGUUAACCCCCAAGAAGUCGCUACCAUCUACUGAUGCGAUUCCCUGCUCCGAUCAUUUCCGGCUGGCCAGCGACACUCUUGGCGCAGCUAUCCAACAAUCAAUGGAGCAAUGGCAGACGUCAGCAGACAAGUUCACCGGACAAACACGACCAAGGCUUGAAGAGCGCAUCUGGUGUGUUCGCUCGCGAAUCGCUGAUGAGCUGUCAGGAAUGACACGCGAGGCAUCAGAUCAAGCUGAUGAGACUGGCAAAGACUUGGCUUUGGGCCAACUUCUCAAGGUCAAGCAUGUCACUGACUUGACUGACAAGAUGAUGCGUAACAGACGCAGACGAUUCAGAUGGCUCCGCCGUGGUAUGUGGUCAUUCGUCGAAUGGACGCUCGUUGGCUUCAUGUGGUAUGUCUGGUUCGUCGUUACCAUCUUCAGACUCUUCCUAGGCAUUGGGCAAGGCGUUUGGCGAGGUUUUAAAUGGCUCCUCUGGCUGUGA